AUCCACCGACGCUGCUUUGUCUGCUCGCCAACCAUGAGCUCGUGCACACCUUUCAUCCACCUUGCUCGCGACACUGGCUGAUAGUCCCUACUUCACGCUCCUCUUCAACAACUUUCAAUUGACAAACCUCACUGAUCAAAAUUCGGCAUGGCAGCCUACUCCACUGGGGCCAGCUGGUCGUUCCCAGCCGACUUGCCUGGUACUUUCGAGCAACAAUCUUCGCCUGAGCCACCAUUGUCAGGCGUUGAUGACCCGUCAAUGAAUGGAUCUCACCAUACCGCAGAGGCCGAAACGAAGCCCGCCGAAGAGCCGAAGCCAAAUCGCAGACGGACCCAUUACCGAGCCCGCAAGUGCAGAAUAUGCCUCGAGGAGGUUGAGCCCACUUUCCACUAUGAUCCGGAUUCGACACUCCCCGCCUCAAUGCAACCUCCACCGCGCGUGACGUACGAGAGUGAAGAUGGAGGCCGGCUCUUGUCGCCUUGCAAGUGCAAGGGCUCACAGAAAUAUGUUCAUGAAGAGUGCUUGGGCGCCUGGCGACGUGCAGACCCGCUCCAGCAGCGCAACUACUGGGAAUGCCCUACAUGUCGCUACAAAUAUAAGCUGCAGCGCUUGACCUGGUCUGCUUGGAUUUCGAGCACGUCUGCUCAGCUGGGCCUGACGGCCGUGAUCCUCGUGGCCUCAAUUUUCUUGUUGGGAUUUGUCGCCGAUCCGAUCAUUAACCUCUACAUCGACCCUUACACCACAAUCGCUACUGGAGGAGGUCCUCGAGACUCGCUGCUCUUCGAAGACGAGCCCACCACAUGGUUUGAGCAUAUGCUGAAAGGUCUCGCUUCGCUAGGUCUUGUCGGCUUUGCCAAGUUCCUAUUCACACUUUCUCCCUUUCAGUGGCUCAAUGUGCGGAGUUCUUUUGGAAGAAACACAGUUGGGGGUAACGGCAGGGAUCGUCUCCAGCAGAUCAGCUGGAUCACAAUACUCAUCGGUAUCGUCACCGCGUCCUAUGCCAUAUAUAAGCUGGUUCGCGCGUGGUCCAGACGCACACUGGAGUCAGCCAGUGAGCGCGUGAUGGAUGUCGGAGGUAACGAUGACGAGGACGAGGAUGACUGAGGCUGAACAGCAGACGUCGCGGCGAGUAGACAUCGUUAUACUGACCAACUUUUACAUUCUGUGCCAGGCUUGUUCACUUCUCUAUCAUGUCUCGCUACGGUGAGUGCCGGGCCUCCUCCUUUGGCCUCUAGCAGGUAUCCGCCCUAACUUAAGUUGGCUCGUCUCGGACUUGUUCCCAUACAAAGACUUGACAAUUAGUCAAGGGGCGCAGAUUGAAUUGCUCGUACGAAUCUUGAUCUCAGCGUUAUGCUCGAGAACGUGGAGGACUGCGUGGCUAUCUCCAGCGCAUCAUGCUGCAUCCGUGCGGCGCCAUACUCUUCCGACCACUCGAAAGAGACGUCAGCGGCCUGGAAGACUGGCGAGCGACUGGUACAUCCUUGUCAUCUCUGGGUGCAGAAUAGUUGAUAUGUAGAUCGGCUUCACAGCCUUCACAGCCUCCACAUGAUCUUCCUUUCGAGGCGCACGGCUUGGCACCAGUUGUCUAGUCCCGCCACUCCCCGCCAGCGCAAGAUGUGGUUGACGGUGGCAGUGGUUCUACAGUUCUAUAAUUUAGUCACGCGGUCCAGACACAUCUUGCAGAGCUCGAGCAUUCUCUCUGCAACUUCCUAAAACGGAGCUGAUCCCUGCCGUUCUUGUCGCUGACUGGUGG